ACAUACUUGUCUCAAAAUAAAUUUUCUAACUUUCUCUUCGUUCCAUAUUCGUUGUUCAUCCUUUUCUUUACAAAGUGACUUUUUAAUUUAUAAUCUUUUAUAAAAGAUGUAAGGGUAUUUUAGUCAUUUAAAUAAAAGAACAACUUAUCAACACUUUUCUGCCAAACACAUCAACUGUUUAUUAUCAAUUUCAGGACAGUUUCAGCACGUCUAUCCAAACACGUAAAUGUUUAAUUAAAAAAUCAUUUUCAGCACUUAAAAAUACUUUUCAGCACUUUAAGUUUAUCAGCAAUUUACAAUUAGCUAAUCCAAACGGGCUCCUAAUCCCACCAUUUUAGUGUAAAAGUUAUCCUGGGAUUAGUUAUUACCCCAAACCAAACAUGGGAUAAAGUUAAUCCCAAAUUUUUCUCCAGAAUUAUUAUCCUUAUGUCAUGUAGCAAACUAACUCUUAGGGUGUUUUGUUGAAGAGACUUUCCACUUUGGUACUUUCUUUAGUAAUUCUUACUUUUCACUUUAACUUUUUUACCACAUAUGUAACAAAUGAAAGAGUGCAGAUAAAGAAAAGCAGGGAGCUAAGAAAAGUAGGAAGCUUUCUGUCAGUGUCAUGUAAUAGUUUCUAGUGUUAUAUGUUUUAUUAAGGCCUUGCCUCUUCUUACUAUUUUCUUUAUUAUAUCAGAGAAUUUUUUAUUUUUUCUUGGUCGGAUAAUCUAUAAAGGAACUGUCCCUUUUAGGACAUUUGAUAAAAUUGGAACGUUACAGUGAAGAUUAGCAUGACCUGCGCAAGAAUGACAUGCACAAAUAGAGAAAUUGUCUCAAUUUUUACUUAUCUGAAAAAAUAAUAUAUAAAGGAAUUGGUAAUAUAGAGUGCAUUUCAAUAAGUGUGCAUAUUUUUUGGUUUUUUGUUUGUAGACUUCUAUACUAAUGCUCUAUUUCUAAUGCUUUGAAGCCAAGGACCACUAUCCAUCUGACAGUUAGCAUGUUAUCAUUAAGGAGAAGGGUCUGGUUUUAUUUUUUCACAAAGUUUUCUAUUGAUAAUGACAUCUGAGCCAAAUUUGAAAGCCAUAUAUCACAAGUUAAUAUCUGCCUUUAUUCCUUAAGGUCAAGGUUAUUAAUUUGAUCAAUUUUCUUUCAAGAAGAAAUGCAUAUCGAUAAUUGUUUUAAUUGUUUUGAUAAAAGAAUAGAAAUAUGAAUGUGUAGUUGCAGGGGACAGUGGAUCUUUGCUUUCAAGGGGAGAGAUGGAAGAUGGAGAAUGGACAAUGGUGCAGAAAAGUGGGAACCAAUUUGUGGUGAAUGGCCAACCUUUUUAUGUGAAUGGAUUCAAUACUUACUGGUUAAUGGUGUUUGCUGCUGAUCAGUCCACAAGGGGAAAAGUUACUGAGACGUUUCAGCAGGCGUCUGCUGUCGGUCUAUCAGUAUGCCGGACUUGGGCAUUUAAUGAUGGCCAAUGGCGAGCUCUUCAGAAAACUCCUUCUGUUUAUGACGAAGACGUUUUCAAGGCUCUGGAUUUUGUGGUGAGUGAAGCCAAGAAAUACAAGAUCAGACUGAUACUAUCACUAGUCAACAACUGGGAAGCGUAUGGCGGAAAAUCCCAGUAUGUAAAAUGGGGUAAAGCUGCUGGCCUGAAUUUAACUUCUGAUGAUGAUUUCUUUUCUCAUCCCAUACUCAAAAGCUACUACAAGGCUCAUGUGAAGGCUGUGCUCAAUAGAGUGAAUACCUUUACCAACAUAACAUACAAAGACGAUCCUACUAUUUUCGGUUGGGAACUGAUGAACGAACCACGUUGUGAAUCAGAUCCUUCUGGGGAUAAACUGCAGGCUUGGAUAGAAGAAAUGGCAGUUUAUGUGAAGAGCAUUGAUCCGAAGCAUUUAGUGGAGAUCGGACUCGAAGGUUUCUAUGGUCUCUCAACUCCUAACCGGGCUCAGGUCAACCCAAAUUCCUAUGCUCAACAAGUUGGAACUGACUUCAUUAGAAAUCAUCAGGUUCUUGGGGUUGAUUUCGCUUCAGUUCACAUAUAUCCAGACUCUUGGAUUUCAAAAUCGAUUUCUGAUGCUCAUGUCGAAUUCACCAAGUCAUGGAUGCAAUCACACAUUGAUGACGCGGAGAACUAUCUCAACAUGCCAGUUAUAUUUGCAGAGUUUGGUGUUUCCGCGAAAGACCCUGGCUACAAUUCGACUUACAGGGAUACACUAAUCGCUACAGUUUACAAAACAAUCUUGAAUUCGACUAAAAAAGGAGGAGCUGGAGGUGGAAGUCUUUUGUGGCAAGUAUUUCCAGAAGGAACAGAUUACAUGGAUGAUGGUUAUGCAAUAGUACUUUCAAAGUCACUCUCAACCUCGAACAUCGUCUCUCUUCAUUCUAAAAAGCUAAAUACCUUCAAUUCCUUCUGUUCUUGGAAAUGCCACUGGGGUUGCAGAAAGAAACAUGUCCUACUAGACGACUUCCAAUCUCGUGAUGAGCUUUAACAUGUUUGUGUAAGAAGAUAUGCCAUUUGAAUGAGAUGUUUGCACCAGCUGUAAAAGAUUACUACAUAUAUGCAUCUUAAUGUGGAACAUAAAUCAAGUUUGUCUUAUAAGAAACAACUAUAAGCCAGAUUGUGUGAAUAAGGAAUUUGUAAAGUUCAUAGCUGCAUUUGUUGCUGAUUUACGUUGUCGUUAUACAAAAGCUAUCGCCAUG